AUGAAGAAGGAGGCUGACAAGGCACCAGUGUCCGUGUUACUUGGUGCUCAAUGGGGUGACGAGGGCAAAGGCAAAAUUAUUGACUACCUCAUUGCCAAGGAUAAGGUACAAGUUGUGGCACGUUGUCAGGGAGGGAACAAUGCCGGACAUACGGUCGUUGCAAAUGGCCGAAAAUACGAUUUCCACAUUAUUCCAUCAGGAAUCAUAUCCGACAACUGUUUCAACAUCAUUGGCAACGGUACAGUGGUCAAUUUGGAUUCAUUUUUCCAAGAACUGACGCACAACAAGAUAACAAGUUUACCAGGUUGGGAGGAACGCAUACUGAUCAGUGAUCGAGCACACCUUGUAUGUGGCAUUCAUAUGCUCGUUGACGAUUACUCGGAGGAUAAGCUGAAAAUCAAUAAAAUCGGGACAACGAAGCGUGGCAUUGGCCCAACGUAUUCCAGCAAGUGCUUCAGGAAUGGGCUUAGAGUCGGCGAUCUUGUCCACGAUUUUUCUGCAUUUUCCAAGAAGUACGGUUAUGCCUUGUUCGAAGCACCAUUUUUCACCUAA